AUGUUGGUUAAAUUUAUUAAAAUGAGAUGGGCAACCGGUGGUGUUAAUUAUAGUUAUUUGCUGAGCACUGCUGAUAAGACUAAAUCCUGGUUAAUUGAUCCUGCAGAACCAGAUGAAGUAUUAGCAGCACUUUCGGAUUCCCAAAAGAGAAGCGUUCAGGCCAUUGUUAAUACCCAUCAUCAUUACGAUCAUGCUGGAGGUAACUCUAAAAUAUUGGAUUCACUAGUACGCUUCAGUGGAAACAAAAUUGCUGUUAUUGGAAGUUCAACGGAAUGUCAAUCUGUCACAGAUGUCACAGAGAAUUUGAGGACUUAUACAUUAGGUUCCAUAAAUAUAUUAUCCAUUCGCACACCUUGUCAUACAAAAGACUCUGUUUGUUAUUAUGUUAAUGAUUCUGCUACAAAGGAAGAAGCAGUUUUUACAGGUGAUACUUUAUUCACAGCUGGAUGUGGACGUUUUUUUGAAGGAACUGGUGCUGAGAUGGACACAGCUCUAAACAAACUGUUGAUUUCAAAUAUUGGAAAAGAAAAUUUGACAUCCACAAAAGUUUAUCCUGGACAUGAGUAUACAAAGAGCAACUGUAAAUUUGUUCGUUCUAUGAUAUAUAAGAAAGAAGGAGAUAAUAUUGCCUUUGAUAGGUUAGAAAAGUUUGCCAACUCCAAUGAAGUUACUACCGGUAAUUUUACAAUUCAGGAUGAACUUGAUUUUAAUCCAUUCAUGAGACUACAUGAUCCAUUAGUAAGGAAUGCAGUUGGAGACACUAACUCGACAUUUCCUGAAGCUAAGGUUAUGGAAAUUUUAAGAAAGCUAAAAAAUUCUAUGUGA